UUGGAUCAAAUCAAGGAAGGUAUUUCUUUUAGUUUUCUUGCGCUGAAGUAUGGUGUUGGCAAAUCUACGAUUUUUUAUAUUAAGAAGAAGGAAGAACAGAUCCGAUCUUACGUGGUGAGAACUGAAAAGGGGCCAGGUGCUCGAAAGACUUUAAUAACGCCCGAAAAUCCACAACUUGAAGAUGCAUUGAUUACGUUGUUUAUAGAACAACGACGAAAAAACGUUCCCUUGUCAGGUGAUAUUUUGAUGGAGAAGGCGAAAUACUUUCAUGAAAGGCUUGGGCGAGCAGAGUUUUCUGCCAGUAAAGGUUGGUUGGAAAAAUUCAAAAAAAGACACGGAAUACGACAACUCAAAAUAACCGGCGAGAAGUUGUCUAAUAACGAAGACGCCGUAAAACAAUUCCAGGAUAAAUUCAUGGACAUAAUCACGGAGAAAGAUUUGUCCGCAGAGCAAAUCUAUAAUGCAGAUGAGUCUGGUUUGUAUUGGAUAACAAUACCAGACAAAACGCUGGCAUCUGACUUAGAAGUUAGAGCCCCAGGUUCUAAAGUUUCCAAAGAAAGAAUAACAUUCAUGCCCUGUGCGAAUGCUGCUGGAACGCACAAACUGCCUUUUUUGGUCAUUGGCAAAGCACAAAAGCCACACGAUGACUUUGAACCCGAAGGUGAGGUUCGCUUAGCUUUUUUCGUUAACAGAGGCUUUUCUGAGGCUGCAAUUAAUGACUUCUUUCUAGGCAAUGAUGACCUAAAUGAAACUGAACUUCUUACUGAUGAUGAAAUAAUAAGGCAAGUAACGCAGGAAUGUGACGGCGAAAGUGAAGAAAUAUCGCACGAUGAACCAGUAGCAAGCGUUUCCAAUUCAAGCGCGGUGUCUGCCUUAAAUACAUGUCUUGAAUGGGCUGACCAAGUGGACAUUCCUUUGCCAAAAAAAUGCUUUUACUACUUUGCAGCACUUAUUUUGGGGCUGACUAUAAGUCAACCGAUACCUGACCCAGAUCCUCAAAUUCCUUGCGGGGAGUAUCCUCCAUGUGAACCCUGUGAGCCAGUACCUCCGUGUGAUCCUGGUGAUCCAUGUUCACCUCCGUGGUUCAGUGGUCUUAAAACCUCAAUCAAAGGUCAAAUUCGGUUUCGGGCACCUCCCUCAAUAACUGUCCGACCAGGAGCUAUCCGUCUGCCAACACCACCUAUUAUCUGGGUUAAACCACCACCAGUUCAAACAGCUGCCCCCGCUUCAAUAUACGUGAAGCCAGACCCAGUGCAACCACCUACCCCAGCACCCAUUGAAAUUAGGCCUAAGCCUAUGUACCCACCGCGGCCUGCUCCGAUUGUUGUUAAACCUGCACCGGUUCAACCACCAAAGUCUGCUCCAAUUAAAGUAUGA